UGCAAUUCCAAAAUUGGAACAUUGAUGGAACACUGCAUGAUUUGAGUUUAAACUCGUUGUUGACAAGGGGUCACAACAAUGCUGGCUAGAAUUUCUGAUUAUAUGCUUAAAUUGAGAAUGUUCACUCAUUUUCAAAGACAGAAACAAAGUUAAAAUACAAAUAAACCUGAUUACUCUUCAUGGUGGGGGGUACCCCAUGGCAUUAUUUUUUGGCCAUCGACCGACAAAGGAUCCAAACUCUGCCAUUAAUGAAGGCGACAACCUCUUUGAUUCUCCAUUGAUCUUGCAGAUACAUGUCCCUCUAUCUUACUCAAUACCCUCACUCUUUCACUUAAUAUAAUAUACUACUAUUUGUGUCUGCAGGAACAGUGAACCUUUCAGCCUCUUAUAUUACAUAAAGAUCAUCCUCUCACCCCCACUUCGCAGCCUAUAUCCUUUGCUCUCUAUUGCUUUCUUUCCCACACUACACUUUGAAGUUUGAACCACUGCUACUAGCUUCUACACCAUCUUAAUUUCUUUCUUCCAUUUUUAGAUAGCCAUGAGUUUCCAUCCCAAUACUUCUCUUCACCUAAGCCAACCAGAUAAUGAGAAUCAUCUGAGUCUAGAUCUUUUUCUUGAGCCUUCUUCUUCUUCAUCAUCUUCUCCUUCAUCUCUUAGUCCCAUUGAGCCAAGGAUAUUCUCAUGCAACUAUUGCCAGAGAAAGUUCUAUAGCUCUCAAGCUUUAGGAGGCCACCAAAAUGCUCACAAGCUUGAAAGGACACUGGCCAAGAAGAGCAGGGAACUGAGUUCAUCAUCCAUGCAAUCUUAUGGAGCACAAGAGCAGCGAUCAAACUUCAGUGCUUCACAUUCACACCAUCUUGGUCGUGCUCUUGGGGUUGUGGAUAACCAAUUGCAAGGACAAAGUUAUGUGAGGCUUGGUGGAAGAAAAGAGUUUAGUUAUGGUCCCAAGGAAGGGGUGGCUUCCUGGUCAAGGGGUUAUACUACUUCUGAACAUGUUCAGGAGGAUAUUGGCCAACUUGACUUGUCAUUAAGGCUUUGAAAUUAUAAUAUUGAAAAAACUAUCAUCUGUGGCAUCUUUGCUUCCUUGAGUCAUAUGAUAUGAUAUGAUGAAUAUAAUUAAUAUGAACCAUUCUGAAUUAAUUUCUGAUUAUGAAUGUAGAAAACAAUGCCCCAGAGAGAGGGGCUAGCUAGUGGCUAGUUAGGGGUGUGGGGGGGAGUCCAUCGAGUAACAAUUUGAAGUGACACUUUUUAGAAGAUCAGGACGUGCGAGUGCCAUUUUUUUCUUUAGAAGGUAAAGGAAGCUUUAUUUCAGGUUACAUAGGUUACUAUAUUGGUGACUGUGGCUAUCUUUAUUGUUUACUUUGUACGUUUUUUGUACUGUAAGAAUGGCAGUAUAUCUAUUAUUGAAAUCUCAGACAUUUUUAAGACACAAGAGACAUUAGAAAUUCAAGGACAGUAGUGUACCUAACUCACAUCAGAAACUUAUUCCAGUAUAUAUGAUUUUC